AUGGAGGAUUCUGAAACCAUUUAUGGUUUUGAUUAUGAAUAUGGGCAUUAUAGCAAUUACACCUAUGACAAUGUUACUCCUCAUGAGGAGAAGGUAGCUUUCAAAACCCACAAGUCAUGCUUCACGGAGGUUUCAUGCGUCUCCCUCAUUGUGGUCAAUGUGGUUACAGUGGGGAAAAAAAGUAUUUAGUCAGCCACCAAUUGUGCAAGUUCUCCCACUUAAAAAGAUGAGAGAGGCCUGCAAUUAUCAUCAUAGGUACACGUCAACUAUGACAGACAAAAUGAGAUUUUUUUUCUCCAGAAAAUCACAUUGUAGGAUUUUUAAUGAAUUUAUUUGCACAUUAUGGUGGAAAAUAAGUAUUUGGUCAAUAACAAAAGUUUCUCAAUACUUUGUUAUAUACCCUUUGUUGGCAAUGACACAGGUCGAACGUUUUCUGUAAGUCUUCACAAGGUUUUCACACACUGUUGCUGGUAUUUUGGCCCAUUCCUCCAUGCAGAUCUCCUUUAGAGCAGUGAUGUUUUGGGGCUGUCGCUGGGCAACACAGACUUUCAACUCCCUCCAAAGAUUUUCUAAGGGGUUGAGAUCUGGAGACUGGCUAGGCCACUCCAGGACCUUGAAAUGCUUCUUACGAAGCCACUCCUUCGUUGCCCGGGCAGUGUGUUUGGGAUCAUUGUCAUGCUGAAAGACCCAGCCACGUUUCAUCUUCAAUGUCCAAACUGAUGGAAGGAGGUUUUCACUCAAAAUCUCACGAUACAUGGCCCCAUUCAUUCUUUCCUUUACACGGAUCAGUCGUCCUGGUCCCUUUGCAGAAAAACAGCCCCAAAGCAUGAUGUUUCCACCCCCAUGCUUCACAGUAGGUAUGGUGUUCUUUGGAUGUAACUCAGCAUUCUUUGUCCUCCAAACACGACGAGUUGAGUUUUUACCAAAAUGUUAUAUUUUGGUUUCAUCUGACCAUAUGACAUUCUCUUCAAGAUCAUCCAAAUGCACUCUAGCAAACUUCAGACGGGCCUGGACAUGUACUGGCUUAAGCAGGGGGACACGUCUUGCACUGCAGGAUUUGAGUCCUUGGCGGCGUAGUGUGUUACUGAUGAUAGGCUUUGUUACUUUGGUCCCAGCUCUCUGCAGGUCAUUCACUAGGUCCCCCCGUGUGGUUCUGGGAUUUUUGCUCACCGUUCUUGUGAUCAUUUUGACCCCACGGGGUGAGAUCUUGCGUGGAGCCCCAGAUCGAGGGAGAUUAUCAGUGGUCUUGUAUGUCUUCCAUUUCCUAAUAAUUGCUCCCACAGUUGAUUUCUUCAAACCAAGCUGCUUACCUAUUGCAGAUUCAGUCUUCCCAGCCUGGUGCAGGUCUACAAUUUUGUUUCUGGUGUCCUUUGACAGCUCUUUGGUCUUGGCCAUAGUGGAGUUUGGAGUGUGACUGUUUGAGGUUGUGGACAGGUGUCUUUUAUACUGAUAACAAGUUCAAACAGGUGCCAUUAAUACAGGUAAUGAGUGAAGGACAGAGGAGCCUCUUAAAGAAGAAGUUACAGGUCUGUGAGAGCCAGAAAUCUUGCUUGUUUGUAGGUGACCAAAUAAUUAUUUUCCUCCAUAAUUUGCAAAUAAAUUCAUAAAAUAUCCUACAAUGUGAUUUUCUAGAUUUUUUUUCCUCAAUUUGUCUGUCAUAGUUGACGUGUAUCUAUGAUGAAAAUUACAGGCCUCUCUCAUCUUUUUAAGGGGGAGAACUUGCACAAUUGGUGGCUGACUAAAUACUUUUUUUCCCCACUGUAUAUUCUUGCUAGGGGUUUGUGGGAAUGGGGUGGUCAUCUGGAUCGCUGGUCUCAAGAUGAAAAAGAUGGUCAACACCACCUGGUACCUCAGCCUGGCAGUCUCCGACGUCAUAUUCUUUGCCUGUCUACACUUCAACAUUUACACGGUAACAAAGGAGUGGAUCUUUGGGCUCUUCAUGUGCAAGUUCACCUCUUUUGAUAUUCCUGAACAUGUUCAGCAGCAUCAUCCUCCUGGUCGUCGUCAGUGUUGACCGCUGUGUGUCAAUUAUGUUUCCAGUGUGGGCUUAGGACCACUGCACCAUUUUACAUUUACAUUACUUUUUAGUCAUUUAGCAGACGCUCUUAUCCAGAGCGACUUACAGUUAGUGAAUACAUAUAUAUAUAUUUUUUUUAUACUGGCCCCCUGUGGGAAUCAAACCCACAACCCUGGCCGUUUCAAACGCCAUGCUCUAUCAACGAGCUACAUCCCUGCCGGCCAUUCCCUCCCCUAACCCUGACGACCGCUGGGCCAAUUGUGCGCCGCCCAUGAUUCCUCCCGGUCGCGGCCGUCUGGCGACAGAGCCUGUUCGAACUAGACAGGAGUCUCUGUGACACAGUUCACUUGUCAUGCAGUGCCUUCGAACCACUGCGCCACUCAGAGUCACAAUUUCACGGCCCUUUGUAUUGGUGGUCCUGGCCUGGUUUGCCCUAUUCGCCCUCGCAUCCCCUCCUUGGUGUUCAUCGACGCCAAGACUCAUGUCGGGAAGAGCAAUGUGUUUCAAUAACUAAACUCCAAAAAAUACAAAAAAGCCGACAACAUAGCCACAAGACGAUCGCAGGGGGUUCUCAGGGGUUUAUGCUCCCAUUCCUCAUCAUGUAUGUUUUCAUCCAUCUUAGACAGCUCCACCUAGUGUCUAAGAUGGAGAAUCGCCAUGGGGAGAUGGGGGUACACUGAGCCACAGCUAACAUUUCCCAACCACUGUAUGUUCACCUCUAGACAGCUCCAUAGUGUCUAAAUGAGAAUCCAUGGGAGAGCUGCACCACACCCUACCUCUCCAGUCCACCCAGAGAGCAGCCGCAGGACUCCACACAUAUCUAAAAGUCUGAGGAUGGUAAGCGCUCAGUGGCGGCAGAGACUAAGAACACAAUUUUUGUUCAGCAAUGCUUUGCCUUGUGAAAAGUCAUGUAAGGUGUAUUUUCACUUGAGGGUCUAAGAGACUAAUGAUAAUUGGUCAUGCAUUGUGUACAAUCACAAGUCGUGGUUCUUUGGAUCUCAUGUUAACAUUCUGUCCAACCAGUUGAUUUGUUCUUCUCUCAUGAGCAAAACUGAUUAUUGUGAUGAGUACUGAGGGAUACGAAGAGGGCAGGACGCAGACGCAGGAAAUCAACAAUGUAAGGUUUACUUAAUACUGAGCAAGAGAAAAACAAAGAGCGAGUACACGACAAGACACUGACAAUCACACACAACACAACACUGAACAGUCCAGGGCUAUAUAGGGGUGGUGAUGAGCUGAGGUGCAGGUGCGCUGGAAGUGAUUAGGGCAUUGGGUUUCCAUUCCGGUGUUGCUGAUGUGGUGCGCUCAGACCGGUGGCUCAGUAGACCGGCGAAUCAGAGUGCCGGAGGGGAGCAACAGGAGGAGACGUGACAAGUAUGGUCUUGUGAAGAUAUUGGUCACACUUUAUUUGGAUAAUCCAGAUAACCUUAAUGUUUCUUAUAAAAAGAAGUAAUGCAGUCAGUCUCUCCUCAACUCUUAGCCAAGAGAGACUGGCAUACAUAGUAUUCAUAUUAGCCCUCUGGUUACAAUGAUGAGCAUGACGUGCCGCUCUGUUCUGGGCCAGCUGCAGCUUAACUAGGUCUUUCCUUGCAGCAGUCGACCAUACGACUGGACAAUAAUCAAGAUGAGACAAAACUAGAGCCUGCAGGACCUGAAACAUACAGAUGUAGGAUCUUAAUUUGUGCCAGUUUUCUGCAGCAGCAACAGGAAAUGUGAAUUAUAAUUUGGGUUAUACAUUUUUGUAGGGGUUGAUAAAUGUAAAUGUGGAAAUUUAAAACCCCAGACUUUUUAAACCUCAAAUACACUACGUUUUACAUUUCCUGCAUUUUGUCUGAAUUGUAUCUUUAAUUUUGCCUUAGAUAUUGCAGACAUCUAUACACAACAUAUCGUCCAGCCCUAUCCCAAAAACAUAAUUUGACUUCAGGGUCCAAAAGGGUAAUGAAUUGUGUAAAAAUACAAGCAUUUUUCUGUUCAAUCUACCUGUUUGAUUUGUUUUUCUAUAAAUACAAUGAGUAUACAAUCUUGUAUUGUAGAUAUUGUAACAUGUUUCUGGUUAUUUUUGUAAAUAGUCAUGGGAAACUGAAAAAGAAGCUGCUUGCUUUUAAUGAACUGAGAAGCAGCACCAGGCUGUUUGUGUUGUGUGUGGUGAGUGCAUUUUUCUGAUUAAAUCCAAUGUUUUGACGAAUAGAUAAUUAACUGGUAUACAGUGCAUUCGGAAAGUAUUCAGACCCUUUGACUUUUUCUACAUUUUGUUACAUUACAGCCUUAUUCUAAAAUUGAUUAAAUUAUUAUUUUUUGCUAAUUUAUUAAAAAUAAAAAACAUACCUUAUUUACAUAAGUAUUCAGACCCUUUGCUACGAGACUCGAAAUUUAGUUCAGUUGCAUCCUGUUUCCAUGGAUCAUCCUUGAGAUGUUUCUACAACUUGAUUGGAGUCCACCUGUGGUACAUUCAAUUGAUUGGACAUGAUUUGGAAAGGCACACACCUGUCUAUAUGAGGUCCCACAGUUGACAGUGCAUGUCAGAGCAAAAACCAAGCCAUGAGGUUGAAGGAAUUGUAAGUAGAGCGCUGAGACAGGAUUGAGUCGAGGCACAAAUCUGGGGAAGAGUAUCAAAAAAUGUCUGCAGCAUUGAAGGUCCCCAAGAACACAUUGGCCUCUAUCAUUGUUAAAUGGAAGACUCUUCCUAGAGCUGGCCGCCCGGCCAAACUGAGCAAUCGGGGGAGGAAGGCCUUGGUCAGGGAGAUGGCAAGAACCCGAUGGUCACUGAUAGAGCUCCAGAGUUUCCAGAAGGAAAACCAUCUCUGCAGCACUCCACCAAUCAGGCCUUUAUGGUAGAGUGGCCAGACCGAAGCCAUUUCUCGGAAAAAGGAACAUGACAGCCUAUUUGGAGUUUGCCAAAAUGCACCUAAAGACUCUCAGACCAUGAGAAACAAGAUUCUCUGGUCUGAUGAAACCAAGAUUGAACUCUCUUUGGCCUGAAUGUCAAGCGCCACGUCUGGAGGAGACCUGGCACCAUCAUGCUGUGGGGAUGUUUUUCAGCGGCAGGGACUGGGAGACUAGUCAGGAUGGGAAAGAUAAACGGAGCGCUCAGGACCUCAGACAGACUUCACCUUACAACAGGACAAUGACCCUAAGCACACAGCCAAGACAACGCAGGAGUGGCUUUGGGACAAGUCUCUGAAUGUACUUGAGUGGCCCAGCCAGAGCCUGGACUUGAACCCGAUCAAACAUCUCUGGAGAGACCUGAAAAUAGCUGUGCAGCAGCGCUUCCCAUCCAACCUGACAGAGCUUGAGAGGAUCUGCAGGGAAGAAUAGGAGAAACUCCCCAAAUACAGUUGUGCCAAGCUUGUAGCGUCAUACCCAAGAAGAUUCGAGGCUGUAAUCGCUGACAAAGGUGCUUCAACAAAGUACUGAGUAAAAGGUCUGAAUAUAUAUAUAUAUUUUUUUUGGUGCAAACAUUUGUAAACUUGUUUUUGCUUUGUCAUUAUGGGGUAUUGUGUGUAGAUUGAUGGUGGAGGGGGGGAGCAUUUUAAUCCAUUUUAGAAUAAGACUAACGUAACAAUGUGGUAAAAGUCAAGGGGUCUGAAUACUUUCCGAAUGCACUGUACACUAAAUAGGCUUUAUUUUGUUCAAUAGUCAUUCCAUACUGUCUUUUUCAUGCAAAUUGCUGUAUAUCAAAUUAAAAGUCAUACCUGCAGUUGUGACCAACACAAACUGUUGUGUCAAAUAAUCAUUCUACUUAUGCCAUGAAUCUAGGGUGAACAGUUUAUUGGAAAAGUGCGUGUUAAACAUGAGUUUAUCAAGAGUUACAAAACAACGAACCUGCAGUCUCUGAUGUCCAAAGUCUCCAAUUUAAUGUUAUGUACUGUGUGCUGUGCCUGAACAGUACCAUAUUAAGGUGUAGUCUACUGUCGAUUUAGUAUAAUUCAAAGUUAAGGUAAAUUAUAUUUUCUCUUAAGUCAAAUUUCCCAAUUGCAUGUACAUUUUAGUUCCUGAAUUUAAAAAAAUUUAAAAGGAAAUUACUCAAUAAUUGUUCACAGUUUCGUCAUGUAACCACAACCACAGAUGGCACAACAAGUGCUUUACCAAAUACCCAUCCCAAAACAGCCACCUAACUGUAGCUGUCAGUCGAUUUGUCAGUGGCUUUGUGCUCCCGCUCCUCAUCAUCUUCUGCUACUCUGUCAUCAUCCUGGGACUGAGGACCAACAGGAUGACCAGGUCCUCCAAGGCCUUCAGAGUCAUGACUGCACUGAUAGCCACGUUCUUCAUCAGCUGGCUGCCCUGCCAUGUCUUCAUCAAUCUGGAGCCAGAUAUUAAAAUUAUCUAA